GAAAGAAGCAAGAAGCAUGAAGCAAGAAAGAAGCAAUAAGCAAAAAGCAAGAAAGAAGCAAGAAGCAAAAAUAAAGAAGCAAGAAGAAAGAAUCAAGGAAGAAGCAAGAAAGAAGCGAGAAGCGAGAAACAAAAAGCAAGAACAAAGAAGCAAGAAGCAAAAAGCAAGAAUGAAGCAAGAAAGAAAGCUAGAAGAAAGAAAGAAGCAAAAAGCAAGAAAGAAGCAAAAAGCAAGAAAGAAGCAAGAAGCAAAAAAGAAGCAAGAAGCAAGAAUGAAGCAAGCAAGAAGCAAGAAAGAAGCAAGAAGCAAAAAAGAAGCAAGAAGGAAGCAAGAAAGAAGCAAGAAGCAAGAGAAAGAAGCAAGAAAGCAAGAAAGAAGUAAGAAAGCAAGAAGAAAGAAGCAAGAAAGAAGCAAGAAAGCAAGGAAGAAGCAAGAAAGAAGCAAGAAGAAAGAAAGAAGCAAGAAAGCAAGAAGCAAGAUGCAAGAAAGAAGCAAGAAGCAAGAAGCAAGAAAGAAGCAAGAAGCAAGAAAGAAGCAAGAAGAAAGAAAGAAACAAGAAGCAAGAAAGAAGCAAGAAACAAGAAAGAAGCAAGAAGCAAACCUCCACCUAAACUUUGUGUGUGCUUCAGGUCGAUGGGUAUUCCACAGAGUUAGCUCUGGUUGAAGCUUGGUAGCUACAUCCGUUAGCUUAGCUCCCACCUCCGCGUUAGCUUUGGGUUAGCCAGGGUUAGCUUCAGGUUAGCUUGUAGCUAGUUCGACCGGGUGUCGUCAUUUGAUCCCGGCCUUACAGCCCCACCCUCAGCUCCUCCUCUCUUCCCUUUUGUGGAAUUGUCUGGGCUUGACGGAACCUGUGACACGGUCAAAAUAGCGGUGGUGGCCACCUCCCAUUUGGCCUCAAAAACGUGUUAUUGGAGCCUAUGGAAAUGAAUUGUCCAGUAUAUAUGU